UGGCUGACUGUAAGGUGGUUCCCAGGCUGCUUCCAAAUCUCAUGUCAUCAUUGUGUUUGCUUCCGCCAGAGUGUCCUGGCUUGCACAAACCGAGGAGCAGAGAUCAAACAGGCGGCUGUAAGGACAGACAGUAAACGGAGGACGAGCUGGCCUCUGGACCCCGCUGCCUCCCCUUCCUCCCUGCUGCCUGUGUCCGGAGAAUGAGCCCAGCCUUCAGGGCCAUGGACGUGGAGCCCCGCACCAAGGGCAUCCUGCUGGAGCCCUUUGUCCACCAGGUUGGGGGGCAUUCAUGCGUUCUCCGAUUCAAUGAGACAACCCUGUGCAAGCCCCUGGUUCCGAGGGAGCAUCAGUUCUACGAGACCCUCCCAGCUGAGAUGCGCAGAUUCACUCCCCAGUAUAAAGCUGUUUUGAUAUUUGUUAGGUUUGCAGAUGAGUUUGGGGCCUCUGGCAACAUAGAGACUAAGGAACAGGGUGUGGUAUCUGUGUGCUUUGAAGAAGAUGAAGACAGGAACUUGUGUUUAAUAGCAUAUCCAUUAAAGGGGGACCAUGGAACUGUGGAUAUUGUAGACAAUUCAGACUGUGAACCAAAAAGUAAGCUGCUAAGAUGGACAAACAAAAAGCAUCAUGUCCUAGAAACAGAAAAGAAUCCCAAGGACUGGGUACGCCAGCACCGGAAAGAGGAGAAGAUGAAGAGCCAUAAGUUAGAAGAAGAAUUUGAGUGGCUAAAGAAAUCUGAAGUCUUAUACUACAGUGUAGAAAAGAAGGGAAAUAUAAGUUCCCAGCUUAAACACUAUAACCCUUGGAGCAUGAAAUGUCAUCAACAGCAGUUACAGAGAAUGAAGGAGAACGCAAAGCAUCGAAACCAGUACAAAUUCAUCUUACUGGAGAACCUGACUUCCCGCUAUGAGGUGCCUUGUGUCCUGGACCUCAAGAUGGGCACACGCCAGCAUGGUGAUGAUGCUUCAGAGGAAAAAGCAGCUAACCAGAUCCGAAAAUGUCAGCAGAGCACAUCUGCUGUCAUUGGUGUUCGAGUGUGUGGCAUGCAGGUGUACCAGGCAGGCACUGGGCAACUCAUGUUCAUGAACAAGUACCAUGGGAGGAAGCUUUCGGUUCAGGGCUUCAAGGAGGCACUUUUCCAGUUCUUUCACAAUGGCCGGUACCUGCGCCGCGAGCUCCUGGGCCCUGUGCUCAAGAAGCUAACUGAGCUCAAGGCCGUGUUGGAGCGACAGGAAUCCUACCGCUUCUAUUCAAGUUCCCUACUGGUCAUUUAUGAUGGCAAGGAGUGGCCAGAAGUGACCCUGGACUCAGAUGCUGAGGACUUGGAGGACCUCUCCGAAGAGUCGGCUGAUGAGUCUGCUGGUGCCUAUGCCUACAAGCCCAUCGGUGCCAGCUCAGUGGACGUGCGCAUGAUCGACUUUGCACACACCACCUGCAGGCUGUAUGGCGAGGACAGUGUGGUGCAUGAGGGCCAGGAUGCUGGCUAUAUCUUUGGGCUGCAGAGCCUGAUAGACAUUGUCACAGAGAUAAGUGAGGAGAGUGGAGAGUGAGCUUGUUGGCUAUUCCAGUACCUGAGAGACUCUUUGUGUCCCCCCUGCAGCUGUGCUGUCAGGAAGCAGGCCAGUAUGGCUGGGUGUUGGCCUCUGCAGCCUGGAGCUGAUAAGACAGUGGCCCCUGUGUCCCCCCAAACCCCCCAGCCUGAGCCGGUCCCAGACUCGCUCGGAGCCUUUUAUUUAUUUUAACUUUCUUCAACAUUCCACAUUUGAUGAUGCAGAUACCUCUUCCCUGAGUGUAAAUGUUCUAAUACAGAUCUUUUUGUUUAUUGUA